AUAGUGGGGGAUUACCUCACAUCUCACAUGUUGCACUGGAUCAUUCCCUCUAUUGUAGCAGAAACAAUGACAGCCGAGCGUAGAAGGCUUAAAACGGCGAGGAUGAGACGGGCACACAGCAGAGGAAAGCGCCACGAGAGACCGACAUCAGCAGAGAGGAGGAUCCUGUGCGUUUUUUCGGCCUGUAGGUGGACUCAGUCCCAGGCCUGUCCUUGAUGCUGUACACUCUGGCCGGCGGGGGCACACUGUGUGGUGUGGCUGCCCUAGUGCUCCUCAUCGUUUCCACAGCAACCGACUUUUGGAUGCAGUAUCGGUACUCCGGGAACUCGGCCAAUCAGGGCCUCUGGAGGUUUUGCAUCAAUCGCAAGUGCCAUGGCCACACGCUGACUGUGGCCUUUUGGGACGCGACGCGGGCCUUCAUGCUGCUGUCUGUGCUGAGCUGUUUCGCUGGAGUGGUGCUGGGCCUCAGCGCCUUCGCCAACGGAACGAAGAACAGGAGGGUCAGAACCGGAGGCAUUGCCCUGCUGCUGUCCGGUUUCCUUGCGCUGUUAGCUUUGGCAAUCUACACUGGAGUGACUGUUACCUUCUUUGGAAAGCGCUACAUCGACUGGAGGUUCUCAUGGUCCUACAUCCUGGGCUGGAUAGGCAUCAUUUUGGCUCUAGCAGCUGGUGUUUUCCAGCUGUUUGCCUAUCAGAAGGACACUGCUGAGCCCGCGCCUCCGAAUGCUUCAGACAGUUAAAUCUCUCCUGAGCGGCGUUUCAGCCGUACCGGCCCAAACUCCUGGACCGUACCUCUGGCUAUGAACACGAUCAGCUGCUGCAAAAUGACUUCAAAAUCUGCAAAAUUCUUUCGAGUAUCUGUAUUCUGGAAAAAGCGACGCUGCAUCUGCAUUGAAUAAAGUAUUUUUUGGACUAUUUUGGUUUGUACUGAGCUGCUCUGAGUUCAUACAAAGCUAUAUCACUUGUUUGUGUGUUUAUGGGCUGUUCUGGUGGCCCUUUCAGGCCCUCAGCGCGAAUGAACAGUUUCCCACAUGGCCCGAAUGUUGUCGAUGAGCCAUGAGCCGUCGUUCAUUUAGCACUAGAGCUACAAUGCUAACGUUGCUAACGAACACUAGGAGUCAAUAUUCACCCAAACUUCGUUUUUUUUGGAAAUACAUCCUGAAAACUUCUCUCAGCCUCUUCAGCCACAGCGAGGCCUCCAGCAAGGCUGAGCGGAUCAGAAAGACUGGCAGAGUGUGAAACCAGUCAAAGCUUUUCAGAUGAACCA